GUGUCACUCUGGAGGAGUGGAACUGAAAUCCUGUGAAUGAAAGGGGUGGGGCCAGGAGACGUGAGGGGAAGAGGGGAGGAGCCAGUACAACUAUGCAAGACAGAAGGGGAGGAGCGGUAGACUAUGUGCAAGACUGAAGGGGAGGAGCCGGUAGACCUGUGCAAGACUGAAGGGGAGGAGCCGCUACACCUGUGCAAGACUGAAGGGGAGGAGCCGGUACACCUGUGCAAGACUGAAGGGGAGGAGCCGGUACACCUGUGCAAGACUGAAGGGGAGGAGCCGGUACACCUGUGCAAGACUGAAGGGGAGGAGCCGGUACACCUGUGCCAGACUGAAGGGGAUGAGCCAGUACACCUGUGCAACACUGAAGGGGAGGAGCCGGCACACCUGUGCAAGACUGAAGGGAGAGGAGCCGUUACACCUGUGCAAGACUGAAGGGGAGGAGCCGUUACACCUGUGCAAGACUGAAGGGGAGGAGCCGUUACACCUGUGCAAGACUGAAGGGGAGGAGCCGUUACACCUGUGCAAGACUGAAGGGGAGGAGCCGGUACACCUGUGCCAGACU